AUGUCCUCCGACGCGAUGUCAGACUACUCCCAUGAUGAUGAGCACGACCCUGAGGCGGACGAGCUCCGCGAGACCGCCUUGGUGACGUUGGAGGCUUUGAUCAGCUCAUGCAGUUCUCAGAUGCAAUCUUACCUACCAAAUACCAUUAACUCGGCGCUGAGGUUCCUGAAAUAUGACCCGAACGUGGCCGAUGCGGAAGAAGACGAAGAAAUGGGUGGAACACAAGACGAUGGGUCGGAGGAUGAUGCCACGGAGGAGCCUGAUAUGGAAGAUGACGACUUUGAGGACUUCGAGGAAGAAGGAGGCUAUAGCGACAUUGAUGAUAUGAGUUGGAAGGUCCGUCGAUGUGCGGCGAAGCUUCUGUAUGCCGUUAUUUCCACAUAUGGGCGUGGCCGUGCCUUGGACGAUGGAUCCUUGUAUCAACAGAUAGCACCUGCUAUCGUCACUCGUUUCAAUAAAGAAAGAGAGGAAAGCGUCAAGCUGGAGCUUGUUUCUACUAUGGACGCCCUUGUGCGUAAAACUGCAGAGGGUUCGAUGAUAAUCACUUCCAAUGGGUUUCUGGAAUCUGUCGGGAGUGGAUCCAAGAUCUCGAGAAAGAGAAGGCGUCAAGACAGCGAUGCCAGCAUGAUCGACUUCGAGCCCAGCAUGGGCACUUCGUCUGCAGCAGGCACUCCGCUGGUCGCACCCUCUUCGCCACAAUCCGGCCCCCAGUCAGAAUUGGCCAAUGCCUUGCCGGUCAUUGUCCGGAGUCUCGUCAAAAUGUGGAAGCAGGCCUCUAUCCCCUUGAAACAAGCUAUCAUAGUACUGCUUAAGAGCUUAGCAUUGGUUCGCUAUGGAGGGCUCGCCGAUCAUCUUCAGCAGAUUGAAGACCCAAUUGCAGAUGUGCUCAAAUCGUCGCUGUCUGGUGCUAACUCUGCGUCCGUCGGAGCUUCUGCGAGCGCGGGGACCUUGCAAAUCGAAACACUCAACCUCAUUUCUGCUGUCUCCGAGACACAUGCUUCCGAUGCUCUUCUUCCUUUCCUCAUCGCCCUGAUUCCUGGUGUUAUCGGUGCUGUCAAUGAUAGGAACUACAAAGUGAGCAGUGAAGCGCUUGCCGCGGUCGAGCAGAUUGUUAAGGCUCUUACGCCGCCUCGGGUGACUGCUGCUUCACAAGACCUUGUUUCUCAGUUGGAGAAGCUCUAUGAUGUCAGCCACGGUCGCAUUACCGAUACGAGCGCCGAUCUCGAAGUCCGCCAGCGGGCGAUCCAUGUUCUUGGUGUUCUUCUUGCUCGGACUUCUGGCGAACAAGGCUCCGCAUUUCUCUCUUUGCAGCAUCGAUCCAAAGGACUUAUGACCCUUGUCGAUCGCUUGAAGAAUGAAACAACACGUCUCUCCGCUGUUCGCGCGAUCGAUGAUGUGGCUGUCCUUUGCUCGCGAAAGGGUGAUGUUGACUCUAACUGGGUUCGCGAAGUGACUUCCGAGCUUGGGGCACAGCUGCGCAAGUCAGACCGUGUUCUCCGCAGUGCCAGCUUGGAGACUCUUCGCAGUCUCUCCAUGAAUCCCAACACACGAGCUCAUUAUGAUGGUAACUCCAUCAAAACCCUCGAAGACCAUCUCAUUCCUCUCAUCAGCGUGGAGGAUGUCCAUUUAUUGGCGCCGUCGCUGAUAAUCAUUGCCAAGCUCAUCCCCGGAAAUGCCCAACUUCUUGUCAACGACAACUUAGUAACGGCUAUUUGCUCAAUAGUCCGUACAUCUCUGGCUGGGACAGUUCUUAAGGCAUUGCUAUUACUUGUUAAAGUUAUUGGAGAAGAGGAAAGCGGAUCAGCUCUGAUGCAAAAGCUGCUGCAGGAUGUUGGAAUCAAUGGCGAUACCUCUGUUGUCGGACGGUCAAUCGGCACCCUCUUGGUCCAUGGCGGUUCAAAUGUGGGUGUGCGCAUGGAAGAUUUCUUGGCUGAGUUGCAGAAGACGCAAGAUCCUCAGCGUCAAUGUCUCGCCCUUGCCAUAUUGGGAGAAUCUGCGCUUCGUUUGGGUGCCAGUUGCUCGCUAACUCCCGAGGUGUUCAUCCCUCACUUCAACUCAAAGUCUGAAAAGGUCCGCUUGGCUUCGGCGAAUGCGCUUGGGAAUGCAGCUGCGGGUAAUGUCAAAGCCUACCUACCAACAAUUUUGGGCGGGCUAGAGAAAUCCGAUUCUAAGAACUACCUUCUCUUACAUUCCGUCAAGGAGCUACUUCAGCACCCUGAGAUGGUCCGGACGGAUGUGGCACCCUCAGCCUUGAAGCUCUGGCAGGCUUUGCUUGUCGUCUCCAAGGAAGAAGAUAACCGUGCUGUCGGAGCUGAAUGUGUUGGACGGUUGGCGUUACUCGACCCCGCUGCCUACAUCCCGCAAUUCCAGGAAUAUUUAUCCAAUGGUGACGCUGGGAUUCGUAGCAUUGUGAUAUCCGCAUUCCGCUUCACCCUCUCCGAUCCAAGAGACGUCUUCAAUGACGUUCUCAGGCCUUUGAUCGUGCCUCUCCUAGUCAACAUGCUCAGUGACCGAGACCUAGGCAACCACCGCCUAGCCCUCACAACACUUAACUCAGCAAUCCACAACAAACUCGCCCUCAUCCUCCCCCACCUAGGCGAACUCCUCCCCGCUGUUCUCGGAGACACCCAGAUCAAACCCGAGCUCAUCAGGGAAGUACAAAUGGGCCCCUUCAAGCACAAGGUCGACGACGGGCUCGAGCUGCGCAAGAGCGCCUACGAAACCGUCUACGCCGCCUUGGACACCUCCUUCUCCCUCUCGCAUCUCCCGGAACUCUACAGCCGCAUCCUCGCAGGAAUCGAUGACGAGCAGGACAUCCGCACUAUCUGCAACCUCAUGACCUCCAAACUCAUUACACUCGCCCCCGAGGAAACCCAGCGUCAUCUCGACGCCCUCUCGGAGCGCUACACCGGCGUCCUGAACUUCAAGCCCAAGGAGAACGCCGUCAAGCAGGAGAUUGAGAAGGCGCAGGAGGCAUCAACGGGUGUGCUUAAGAUCACGCGCGAGUUGUCCAAGGCGUUCCCGAAUGCUGAGGCGUCGGCUGAUCGUCAUAAGUGGAAGGCUUAUAUGGAGAUGGUGAGGGCGCAGUUUGGAACGCAGCUGAGUAACCUUGAGGCCGAGUUUUAG